AUGAUUCCGAUGUCCUCGUGUAUUAGAUUGGCUAGACCCAGCAUUAAGCAGCUUGGAAAACAGCUUGCUAGAUCGAAGACCACUUCUUCGACAUCUGCACUUGCGUACAAGCAAUUACACCGUAACCAAACCAGACCUCCUUUACCUACUUUAGAAACUCCAAAUUGGUCUGCUGAUGCUGCUGUGAGUUCAAUAUUAUACGAGACACCAGUUGUUCUGAAUGCUUCAAAGAAACAACACGUUUUGAACUGUUUGGUACAGAAUGAACCCGGUGUGUUGUCGUCUGUUUCCGGUACAUUGGCUGCUCGUGGGUUCAAUAUCGAUUCCCUUGUGGUGUGUAACACUGAAGUCAAGGAUUUGUCUAGAAUGACAAUUGUAUUGGCUGGCCAAGAUGGUGUGAUUGAACAAGCUAGAAGACAGCUUGAAGACUUGGUUCCUGUUUAUGCUGUUUUGGAUUAUUCCAACUCUGAGAUUAUCAAGAGAGAGUUGUUAUUGGCCAGAGUUUCCUUAUUGGGACCUGAAUACUUUCAAGAAUUGAUUGCUUCGCACAAGAUCCAUACCAGUGAUGGUGCUUUUAUCCCUGAUUUGAGUGCCCCUGAACUGAUUUUCCACCCAAACAACUUGGCUCCAUCUGAAGCCUUAAGAAUGAAACAUGAGCAUUUGAAUCACAUCAACACUAUCACCGACAAGUUUGGUGGUAAAGUUGUUGAUAUUUCUGACCGGAACUGUAUUGUUGAAUUGAGUGCCAAACCCAGUAGAAUUACUGCCUUCAUUCAAUUGUUGCAUCCAUUUGGUAUUUUAGAGAUCGCCAGAUCUGGUAUGAUGGCUUUACCCAGAACUCCAUUGGAUGGUGUAGUAGUCGAAGAAGAAGAAGCUGUUGAUGCUGCUGAUAUUGUUGAUGCUUCACAAUUGCCUCCUGGUUAA